AUGAAAUUCCUCUGCCUCCACGGAAUGGGAACCAACUCCCAAAUCCUGCAAAUCCAACUCAUUGGAAUUAUCAACCAACUGCCACAGCACGAGUUCAUCUUCGUCGAUGGCCUCGAACCCUGUCCACCCGAUCCAGAAGUCAAGUCUCUAUGGCCCGGGGGUCCGUAUCUGUGCUAUUACACUACCCCCAUCCCCGAACACUUGGAAGAAGCCUACUCCCUGGUCUUGGAAGUUAUGGCGGAGGAUGGCCCGUUUGACGGCGUGAUUGGCUUCUCGCAGGGCGCUGCACUUGCCGCAUCGAUGAUUCUCCAGCACCAAAAGGACCAGCCAACCGCCGCGCCACUGUUCAGCCUGGGCAUCUUUCUUGGCGCCAGUCUGCCCUUCGAUCGAGACUCGACGCUUGCGCGGCAAAGUGUGGUGGCUAGCAAACAUCAACCGAGUGGAUACGUUGGCGGCAAGGAGGAGCAUGAUCUCCUCAUACUCCAGCGGUAUGAUCCGCGCACGACAUCGCUGCGGAUUGACGUCCCCAUACUGCAUGUUGCUGGAAAGAGGGAUCCUUUCUACCAGCAGAGCGAGUUGUUGGUUGGCCUCUGCUCGGCAGAUGCUGCCUCUGUCAUACAUGAUGGCGGUCAUUUUGUACCCAAAGAUACGCAUUCCACGGCCAGGAUUGUCAGAUUGAUCGAUGCCAUGGUAGGCAGAGUACAGCACCGGUGUUGA